AUUAAAUUAAGAACAGAUCUGUUAUUUUUCUUUGUUGUGUGUAGGCGAAGAUUUAUUUACAGGGUAGAAUGACGUCACUGGCACUGUUUGUGUUAUCUAGCGUAGCAACAGCAGCGGGUUUUAAUUACACCUGCCUGCAGUGCGAGGAUGCAUAUCACCCGUACUCAUGCACAACCGUGCAACACUGCGGUCCACACGAAGUAUGUGCAAUGGAAGCCUACUGGACGUCCGCAACCCUACAGUACAGAUUGAAAUGCACAGAUGAAUUGUUUUGCAGUACCGGCGCACUAGCAGUAGGCCGGCGAAGUUCAUCUGAAACUGUUCUAUGUUUCGAAUGUUGCCAUGGAAAUUUGUGUAACAUGAAGACGUGCAAAACUGUUUUAGACGCGUCAGUUGGUCCGGUGUGCUAUUCCUGUAACAGUACUCUUGGGAUAGAGGAUUGCAACCAGGUCAAACAUUGUGCCUUAGAUGAGAUCUGCCAGAUAUCGCUUUUACCCAGAAUUCCAGGUUUAGAAAUGGAAAGAUAUUCUACAGGCUGCAUUCCUAAACAUUCAAGCCGAUGCAACCCCUCCAACCCUGCAGUGAGUGAUGCAGAUGGCUUUACUAAUUCUCCGGUGUGUUCUUCAUGCUGUGAUACCGACCUCUGUAACGCUUUCAACCCGUGUACUUCCACACCAACAAGUGCAACCACUUUUGCCUCAACUUCAUCUGCUAUUUCAGGUUAUUCUUCAACUGAACAGUCAGUCAAACCGCCGACGUCAACAAUAAAAGUACCAACUAAACCUGUCACUCUGUCUACACAAAUACCACUUACAACCACACUGGAAGAGAGAGUUUGUGUGGACGGUCCAUCUUGUUGGAACCCCAGCCAAUGUGGUACCGACGUUAACAACUAUGCUCACCUCAGCUGCCCUAUAUUGUGUGGAGUGUGCGCUGAAACCGGGUUUACCAAGUAAUGCGAUGAUCGGUGUGAACCUCACUUUAAAAGACCGGAUAUGACGACAACAUUGACCACAUUGUUGCACAGUGGUACUGUAAAGGGCCGGGCAAUUGAUGUCCUUUAUCGACCUCUAAAUUUAUGGAUUUUGUACGA